AAAGAACGUUAGUUAAUUCCAAAGCGCUGCUGGCCCAAAAUUCAAACUUAAACAAGUCAAUAAAAAAACAGUUCAAUUUUUUCAUCUCUUUAAAGUAGAAGAAUAAUACUAGUUUCUUUGGUAAAGCAGAUAUCGAGAAUUCUUCAUCCACCUGCGAAUGGAUAUUGAACAAGUCAUUGAGUUUUUAGCUCAUGUUCCGUUGCUACAGCGGCUACCGGGUUCAUCUUUUGCUAAGAUCGCAGAAAUAGCACAGUUCAAACAUUACAACCGGGGCGAGUUCAUCGUUAGGGUGGGAGACGCCGGAGAUGGAAUUUACUUCAUUUGGGAAGGGGUGGCUGAGGUUCAAGGAUCUAUCAACGAUAGCGAAGAAUUUCACGAAGAUCGCUCCGAAUUUCAAUUGAAACGGCACGAUUGUUUUGGCCACGGGACGGACACAUCCUACCACCAGGCUGCUGUAGUUGCUUUAGAUAAGGUUACCUGCUUGGUGUUGCCCAAUGAGUAUAGUACGUUGCUUGAGCCAUUGUCAAUCUGGAGUGCCACUGAAACUGAAGAGAACUCCAUGAUAGAACGCAUACUGCAGUUGGACCCAGUUGAAGUAAAUUUAUUCCGUGGAUUUACACCGCCUGAUGCGCCACAGUAUGCAAAGUGUUACGGAGGCCAGAUCAUUGCACAGGCAUUGGCUGCAGCAGCAAAGACCGUUGAUCAUUUUAAACUUGUUCAUAGUUUGCACAGUUAUUUCCUGGUUGGCGGGGAUCAAAACAUGCCAAUUUUAUAUCAGGUUCGUCGUUUACGUGAUGGAAAUAGCUUCGCAACUCGAAGUGUAGAUGCCACACAAAAUGGGAAAAUUAUUUUCACAUUGACUGCUUCAUUUCAAAAGGAAGAAAGUGGGUUUGAACACCAGGAUAUAAAAAUGCCAUGUGUUCCUGCUCCAGAAACGCUUCUAAGGAAGGAAGAGCUGAGGGAUAGACAACUUUUUGAUCCUCGCCUUCCCAAGAAUUAUAGAAACAAGGCGGCUGGCAGAAAGUACAUGAAUAUGCCAGUGGAUAUGAGGUUUUGUGAGCCACAUACCUACACACACCAAAUAAAAAAUCCAUCAAGUACAAUGUUUUGGUUUAAAGCAUGGGGGAAACUUUCAGAUGAUCCAGCUUUGCAUCGAUGUGUGGUAACAUAUAUUUCGGAUUAUAUCAGUCUUACAGUAAGCUUAAAUCCACAUCGUAAAAGGGGUUUGAAGCCAAUACUACUCAGUUUGGAUCAUUCGGUGUGGUUUCACAGGCCAUUUAGAGCUGACGAUUGGAUUUUAGCUGUGAUUGAUGGCCCAUCUGCCAGUGGUGGCCGUGGAUUCAGCCAAGGUCGUAUGUUCAACAGGCAAGGAGAGCUUAUUGUGACAUUGAUUCAAGAGGGUGUAAUCAGGGCAGCAAAACCACGACCUCCAGUAGCCAAAUCAAAUUUGUAAAUUGAAUUUCUUAUAUGAAGGAUGAAACCAAUGACACACCACAAGUGAGGCAGGGACCAUCUAGAGUAAACUCGAUCUACUCCAUGAAGAAAUGUAGAAUUUGUAAUUUUGGUUCUCUAAUUUUUUUCAACAACAAAAGAUGUAAUGUUGUAAGCAUUUGUUGUACAUAUCUUUUGAUCUAAUAACAUAUACGUAACCAGCGAAUUCAUGGCUC